GUGCUCUUGCUACCAGACAGUCGUCUAUUCAAACAUGGCUCUAUACCAGGUCCUAGCGCUGAUCAACGCUCUGAUGACACUGUGUUUGGCCACUCCUCCACCAGGCUACGUGAAGAAGCCUGAAAAGGACAAGGAUCCACCAAAGUACGAGUUUGGAUAUGACGUACGGGACGGAAAAGGUGGUCGGCAAGGUCACCUGGAGACUCGUGACGGGGUAUACGCGCUGGGAGUUUACUAUGUUAACCUACCGGACGGAAGUGGGCAGAGUGUUCGCUACUUUGCUGACGACUGGGGCUACCACCCUCUGGUGUCCUACAGCAGUUCCAGCAAGACUGGCACCACGAAGACACAAUUUGCUCUUGGAGAAAAGGCAGUCGCUGCUCUGGCCAAGUCAAAAGAAACUAAUCCUUCGGUAUCAGUGACUAGACCAACAGUGACUACGUUGAUAAGCUCAGCGCUGAAACUUUCGGAAGAUUCGGGCGGCGGUGAUGCUGACAGUGGUGACAUCCUUAAAAUCAGACCCAGCAAUGUAAAGCUGUCGGCUAACAGACUUGUAGGAACUGGAAGAAAGCCAACCAUAUCUUAUCAGCAAGCAUCGCGGCCCUCUGAAGAACAAGUUGAUGUGUCUGCCGUAAACAACCUUGUCGAAUCGAAGUCAGACUCAGGAAACGGUAAAUACAAGGUUGUUACUCCCCUUUAUACAACUCCGAACAAAAUAUCAGGCUCUGACUCUCAUAGUUCUUCCUAUGGACCAGAAGAGGCCUCUGCUUACGAACCUGGACAAGUGUAUCAGCAUAUCGGCACGAAAGGAAUAGGUUCUUCUAGCUAUCAGUUUAUCGAAAUUGGAGGUGAUUCAUCUGGUGGUGAACAUUUUAGAUCGCCGUCUCCUGCAGUUUCUCAGUUAAUUACUAAGCCAACAAAUACUCAAAGUCAAAAGCUAUUUGGUCAUAAAGGUGCCGAAAAUGUGAAAGUGACAUCCUAUUUAGGUGAUGUAAAUUCUCCAUUGAAAUUUGGCGAUAGAAUUCCAAACGUGAAUUCAGAUUUUACUCAAACAACUGCAAGCGUAGAGCAAGAUCAGAAUGAAAUUCACAAAGGAAAACAAGAGGUACUUGAAGUUACUCCACUUCCAAUAUCUCAACGUCAUCCCCCUUUGAGGCCGAUUAUAGUUGCUGAUAUAUAUCCAAAAGAAACAAUAGGAACGGUGAGGCCCAUUACCAUAUUACCAACUACAACACCAGUAUCUAUCUAUGUAACUCACUCCCCAGAAACACCUUCAUCAACUUCGACGUCUAGCUCAGGAAGCGCUCUAACAAGUCCCACCAAUACUUUGAAACACGCAACUGGUAGCACGUAUUCAACUCCAACGAAUCUUUUAUCACAGUCCCAGGCAGGAUCACUGUCGUAUUCUUCAGAAUCAGAGAGUAAUUCUCAAUCGUUUGGAUCCAUUACCAAUAACGGUCUUUCAGGCCACAUCCUUCCUCCAGUUUAUUCAACUCAAAAACCCAUUAUAAUGUCAAACACAAAGGAAACUGCCUCCACGUCCUUUACUUUUGGUUCAGACGGAAGUUCAUUGUCAACUGGAUCUGGAGGACACACAGCUGAUGCUGGAACACAAGCUUACAAAACUCCUGCACCUCUUGCAGUGUCAUAUGUACAAAGUAUUUCAGGUGCACAAGAAGUGAACUCACAGCCCGCGGCUAGUGGGCAUGCUACUUCAAAAGCACAGCAAACUCCAUCCCCCAUAUUUGUAUAUUACUCAACUUUAUCACCUUAUUCACAUACAUCGAGUUCUGCAGUGAGUGGAACUAGCAAUGAUCACGGAGUCAGCGAUGUGUACUCAACUCCGGCACCCUUAUCGUUAUCAGAGUCACAAGAAUUUUCGCCUUCCGAAGCCGACGAAAAUUCCAAACAGCAGUCCACUAUAACAAUCAACAGCGGAAAUGCAGAAAAAACCAUCGAAAAUCAGCAGUCAAUUCCCGCUACUGUUUACAUAUCACACACACCAAUGUCAUCCUCAUUUUCGGUAUCGAUAUCAAAUUCGGUUAAUUCUGAGUCCAAAAGUUCCGUCACUGCUACUAAGAAUGCUGAAUCUGGGCAGCUUAUUCACAACAAUAUUCACUCAACAACUCCUCGACCUUCAGCAGAAUAUUAUUCUAAUUCUGAAGGUUCAUCGUCAGGUAAAUAUAUUGUCAGUCCAGCUACAAUUCUCCUUAACUCAAAUACUCAGCCAGUUGCAGCCGCCCUCACAUCGUCAGCCGAAGUGCUGUCUCCAAUACAUGCUGCAGUAUCACUGGGCACAGCAUCACAUCAAAAUCCAACAGCAGUAUCAGCUGUCUCUUCCGAAUCUGCGUUAACACCACCCGAAGUGAAAGAAGCAAACGAAAUACCACAAUCAAAAACUGUUGUUGAAGUUCAGAAAGCUAUUUCACUUGACUUAAAUGAUCUUACUGUUAAGCUUAAUACAGAGCAGAAACCAGAUUUAGAAGCUACCACACCAGCAGCGCCGAUAUUGUACUCCCAACAGACCGUAGGAAAAGGCAAAGAAGUUGACCACAGCAGCAGUCAGCAACACAUAUAUAAUGGAGGUCUCCUUGAGUACACUUACGGUCAGCCACUGACUGGGCUGCAGGUAUACCCUCAGUUAAGAUAUAAUUUCCCUCAUAUAUCUGGAUCCACUGAUCAAGUGUUACUCGGAUACAACCCACAACUGUAUGAAACACAGAAACUCGUUCAUUUGGGAUACAAUAGGCAGGAACAGUUACAUGGGGGAGUUCAGCAUGAAGCUCCGUACGAACAUUCAUUUGAACGACAUCGGGAGUACACUCAGAAGCAACUGGAUGGGCAACUGCAAGCAAUAGCAGGGUAUCAAGAGGGGACAGAGGCUGAAAAGCCGAGAGAAAAAUAUCAAUACAAUCAGAAUUCUGCAAGUAAUUUGAAAAUUUAUCAAGAGCAAGAAGACGCAGACAAGCAACCGGCGGAAACGUCAUAUAUCCAAAAAUUUUAUGGCAAGGAGCACCUAGUUCUCCAAGAGAAAUUGCCUGAAAAGACACAAACAGAAGAAGAACACAGUAAAAAAUCUGUACAAAUGGAAACUGAUGUUCAGAAGCCUCAGGUUCCUGUCCAAAUUAUUCAUGAACUAAAGUACGAACAACCAUUCAGAGUUAAUGAGCCAGUAGAACACCGGUCACCCAUAGAAAAUAACCAGGUAUCAUACCAGCUACUUGGCCAGCAGAUAGGUUACGACGCACCUGCUGGAGUUCAACAGGAAAUCGAAUAUCUGGGACCCACAAAACUUAAGCAGCAAGUUGAGCAGACAGUAAAUACUGCAAUAGUACAGUCCGGCUAUGGUCAUCAGACAAUUUCCACACCAGACAACAUUGUACAAAUCACCCAGGGAAGCGAGCAAGGACCAAGGAGUAAGGGUCAACCACAGUAUAACAGAAAUCCCAGCGAAGUUUCAAAACAACUGCAGUCAGAAUACAGUCACCAGUUAUUAGAAGAAGAGAGACAGGAACAAGUGAGGCUUAGCAGCCAAAUAGGCAAAGCAUUAAAUCAGAUAAACGCUGAAUAUAAUGAGGCCAGUGUAAGGACACAAUUCCCGGUACACAUUCUUAACGAAGGGAAGAUCGUCUCUCUGCCUGUGGCUGCAAACUUACCUACUUUGUCCCCCACAACUUUCGUCCCACUGAAUCAACCUCCUCAGUCAAUAGAACAAAUUAAGUUGGUAGAAGUUGAGAAACGUGUUCCAGUACAUGACACAAAAGUGAUAGAGAAGCCCAUUCCUGUGCCCCAUGCGGUCCCCAUCGAGAUCACGAAACUUGUAGCUGUUGACCGACCAGUGCCAUACCCUCAACCCUACGCUGUCCCACAUCCGGUACCUGUCCCGUACGCUGUGCCUCACCCAGUAGGAGUUCCUGUACCCCAUCUUGUUCCCUACCCCCAUGUUGUAACCGUCCCUUAUAAAGAAGUGCAUCCGGUCUACAUCCAUACUGGUAAACCUCACAGGAAUGAAUUUCGCGACCACACACAAAAUAUCCCCACCAACACACCCUUGCCAGUCAUCUUGAAAGCUCUGCAGUACAAUGGAGGGCGCUACGGAGUACCAGUGUCCAUAAAACCUCAGUCUGUCUUUCUUACACCACCUCCACUAAGACCUGGCGGAAAAGCAAGAGGCCUCCAACAGAGCAAGCAUUUUGACCACUUCAGGACACUUUGUAUUGAGUAUGGAUUUAAACCUCCUUUAGUACCAUCUUUACAGAUUGAUGAGGUUCCCCUAUCUGCAUACGGUCCUCCACGGAAAGAUUGAAAGGGCUUGUACGCUUAUUAAUGAAUUAUUUAAUUGCUACGCAGUCACCGAUACAUAAAAAUAUAUAUUCUUGUGUUGAACUGACAUUGUCAACCGUUCACAUUAAUCAAGUGCUUAUGUCACACUCGAGCUCUUUUUUCAUAUAUUUCAUUACUGAAUAAAGCUCGGCGCUCUAUAGUAAGGAAGAAAUUGCAUUAAGUUCAGAUCAACAUAAUAUCAAUAUAAUUAGUUGGAACAAUCAAUAUUUUUACGAACAUUGAAUAGAAGAGUCAAUU